CUUAUUAACUUAAAACUUCAAAGUUGACCAUUUGAUUUGAAAGCUAGCAACUGUCGGUGACAGAAAAACAACCACCGGAAACCACCCUAUACCGGAGUAACUUGUUGACCAUAAUUCACAUCUCCACAUCAUCAUCUCCGUCUCCCGGCGUUCACAGUUUCCGUCGUGGCGGCGGUGGAAUAACUCUGUUAGUCAACGUAAUGGCGUACAGAAGACGUCAAGGUUUUGCAACCGAUUCAACCUCUGUAGAAGAAUUUGCAAACCCUAACCCUAAUUCAAGGCGUCACGAUUCUCCGACGGCUCUAGAAGAGGGUGCCGCCGCGUCGGAAACACCGUCUCUGGCUGCUAAAGCGAUUAGAGCGUCAUCGGCGAACCGUGAUUCAUCUCUCUCUUCGGCUUAUGGUCAACCGGCGAUUUCACCACGGAAUGUUAAGUCAAAUCCACUUCGAUCUUCGCACUCAUCUGCUCCUAAGGAUGAAUCUGUGAAAUAUGAUUACACAUCAAUGAAGAGUUUUGAAAAACCGAAGCGUGGAUUUUGGGGUGUUUUGGCUAGGAAAGCCAGAUCCAUUAUCGAGGAUGGUGAUGAUGUGGCGCAACAAUAUGAAACACCAGAAAGAAGGAGGCAGCAAAUGUCUAAUGCAGAGACAAGAAGUCAGUACUCUAGCCAGCAUCAGGUGCCAGAAAGUCAUCAAAAGCCUGAAAAUCCUGGUUUGCAGAAGGGUUUAGGAGUGAUUACAUCAUCUCUUAGUUACAUUGGUAAUGCUCUUGAGGAAGGCAGGACGAUUGUGGAGAAUAGAACAGCAGACAUAAUUCAAGAAACACGCAAACUACAUAUAAAGAAAAAAAGUGGUCUCAAUGUCCCUGAGACUCAUAGUACUUCUAGUGUUCAGAUUAAUAAGCAAUUACAGCAGAUGCGAACUCAAACUCAACCCCAAACACAGACGGAUAUAGAAAUUCAGUUGAAGGCAUCUAGAGAUGUUUCAAUGGCGAUGGCUGCCAAAGCAAAGCUUCUACUUCGGGAAUUGAAAACUGUGAAGGCGGAUCUCGCUUUUGCGAAAGAGCGUUGUGCACAGUUAGAAGUGGAAAAUAAAAGUCUUAGGGAGAAGAGUGGUGGAGACGGAGACAAUGCUGAAGAUGAUGAUCUGAUACGGCUGCAACUGGAGUCGCUUUUAGCAGAGAAAGCGCGGUUAGCGCAGGAGAAUUCAGUUUAUGCGAGAGAAAACCGGUUUUUAAGAGAAAUAGUUGAAUACCAUCAACUAACAAUGCAAGAUGUUGUUUACAUAGAUGAAAAUAAUGAAGAGGUGAGCCAAGUAUACCCCAUUAACAAUCUAUCAACACAUAAUCUACAAUCCAUUAUAAUACCAACCUCACCCCCUUCAUUGACAUCAACAAAUUCAAAUACUUUAAACACAAACAGACAGGCACAUGAGACCCAACCCAAUACUCCUUUUAUGUAAAUAGUUUGUUAUUGCAUCUGUUUGCUCAGUUAUCAAGAAACGAGAUGAUUAAAUAAUUAGAAACCAAAAUGUCUACCUUUUCUAUUUUGUUAGAAAAAUUGUUGUUCACAUUGUCUGGAUUUUUUUUUUGUACCUUGAGAACCCGUUA